UAUUAUUUCCUUUUUCGUUAUCUCUUUCGUCAAAACCCAGCCUAAGUCUUCAACCCCACGGAUCAAACAAGAGGAGGAAAUGGCGUCGAUCGUUCUUCGAUCCCGCUUCAUCUCGAGAUUAGCAAAAUUUGGGUCCCGGAAUCUGAGGAUCUUCUCUUCGGAAGCAGCUUCAUCAAAUUCCCCGGUUAAGGAGCCGGGAAUCUCCGCCGGUCAGUCGAUCAUCUCCGAUCUACCUCCGCCUCAACCGGACGCGGCGGCGGCGGCGGCGGCUCCGGUUAAGGAGCGGAAAUUACUUAAGUAUCUCACGUACGGAGUCGUCAGCGCGCUCACUGGUGUUACUGCUGCUGCUGGUUACGUCACAUAUGCUUACUCUUUGAAUGAAGUUGAUGAAAAGGCCAAGGCUUUCCGCGAGUCAGUGAAGAGGGAGCCAGCAGAUGAUGCCUCGCCCAUUGAUAAGUAUCAAGCUUUUCUCUAUUCAGCUGCAAUGGCAGUUCCGGCAAAAGCAAUUGAAAUGUAUUUAGAGCUGAGGGCACUUGUGGAAGAACAUGUUCGAGAAUUUACUGAACCUCUCUCGGAGAAGCUUCUUCCAGAUUUGCAUCCUGCGGAACAACAUGUCUUCACUCUUGUUCUUGAUUUAAAUGAGACGCUGCUUUAUACAGACUGGAAGCGUGACAGAGGGUGGAGGACAUUCAAAAGACCUGGUGUUGAUGCUUUCCUGGAACAUCUUGCCAAGUACUAUGAGAUCGUCGUGUACUCCGAUCAGAUGGAUAUGUAUGUAGCUCCAGUCUGUGAAAGAUUGGACCCGAAUCAGUACAUACGUUAUCGGCUUGCAAAGGGUGCUACAAAAUAUGAGAACGGAAAGCACUAUAGAGACCUGUCGAAGCUGAACAGAGAUCCUAAGAAGAUUCUUUAUGUUAGCGGGAAUGCAUUUGAGACAAGCCUUCAGCCGGAGAAUUGCGUGCCGAUCAAGCCUUACAAGCUUGAACAGGACGACACGGCCCUGCUAGACCUCAUUCCAUUCCUCGAAUAUGUGGCCCGUAACAGCCCAGCAGACAUCAGAACGGUCCUAACGUCUUACGAGAGAAGAGAUGUAGCAAAAGAAUUCCGAGAGCGUUCACGAGAGUAUCAAAGGCGGAUGCAAGAACAACGUGGGCAAGGCCGAUUCUGGAGGCGUUGAAGGACGAACAGGUAAGAAAGGCUGUUUCUGUGUGUAUAGAGCAUUUUGAUGGAGAGAGACGAAGUUUUGUUUUGUUCCUCCGUCGCUUGGGCUAAGAUACUUCGAAUCAUCUCCGAAAUGGGAUUCAGAAUUUUCCAUCGGUUUUGUUGCAUUUUUGUCUCCGUGUUUUGGUU